AUGCGUUUCCUCGCCAUCACAGCAUUACUUGCCCUACUACUCGAGUCUGAGGCUAGUACGGGCAAGUCGAGGGCUGCCCAGAGAAUACGACAAGAAAAGCUCAGAGAAAAGAAGGUUGAUAAGAAGUUUGAGAAGAUCGACAUGAAAGAUAUGCGAGCUCUGAAGCGCGCUCAUCAAUAG